AUGUUAUAAUAGAAUUAGCCGAUAUAAAUAGAGAUCAAUAAGAUAAUAGAUGCACCUACAAAUUAAUAUCCGAAGAGAUAGUUUAUUAUAGAAGGUCUUUUGGCCACAGGAAGGAACAGUGAAGUAUUCAUAGCAAAACCUGUGUAGUGGGGUGUAUAUUAAAAUAAUGUUGCUUUAAAAAUUCAUUAUUCAUAUAAAGUUGAAGUUAAAUAAUUAUACUAAAAAGUAAUCGAACAUUAGAAUAAGUUUGAAAUUUAAAAUAACUAAAAUGAUAAUCAAUCAAAUUUUAUUAGAAUAUAUGAUUAUUUUGAGUAUUUUGAAUAUUUAGUUUCAGUAAUGGAGAUAGGAUAGAAUGACUUAAAGAGUUAUUUGAAGAAAUAUUAAAAUCUAGCAUUUUAAUAGAAGUAAUUGAUAUGCAAAUAGAUAUUAUAAUCAAUUAUAUUCUUUCAUUCUUUGAAUCUGAUUCAUAAAGAUAUUUCACUUGAUUGCUAUCUAAUGGUUGGUCUAUCAGUUAAAUUAAUUAAUUUUGGAUCUGCAUUCGAAAAAGAUGAUUUUACAGCAUUCAAUAAAGAUGAUGUAAUAGUUAAUCACGUAUUUAAACCACCUGAAACUUACAAUCAUGAAUACACUGCAGCAGCGGAUGUUUGGUCGUUGGCUUGUAUUUUUUAUGAAGUUAUGAGAGGAUCAUCGAUAUUUUUGGGCAGCAAAAAUUUUGCAGAAUUAAACCGACUUAAAAUAAGUUAACCUUAUAUUUCAGAGAAAAUAGAUGAGUUAUAAAUAACUGAGGAGUGGAAAUAAACAAUGAAAAAAAUGUUUUUUCCACAACCAAAUUUAAGGAUUACUCCAAAGGAAGCCAUGGAACAAUUAUCGAAAAAAUCUUCAGCUUUUAUCAUUUAAAAAAUUUAAUAGCCUAAUUUUGUGGCACAAUAAUAAUAUCCUAUUGCUUUAUAAUCUUAAAAUUUCUUUAGAUAAAUUAAUUAAGAAUUUUAAUAAACCUAAGUGUAAUCAUCAAUAUUUUUAUAAAUUAAUGCAAUGAUUACAACUUUAGAUUAGCCCAACACUAUCAAUUAAUUAUUACAAUAAACAGAAUAAUCAAAGAAAUUGUUAGAAUCUUUAAAAGAUAAAAUCUAAUAAAUGUAAAAUUAAUUAGAAAAUAAUACUACCUCUUUAUAACCAAAGCUUAGUUUUGAUACUACCAUAUAAAAUCAAAAAUAUUAAUAAAAAAAAAAAGAAUUUCCUCCUGCUAUUUAAUAGAGUUUAGAUGAAAUAAAGAAAAGAUGUUUAGAUAUAGAAGAAUAAUGUAUUUCGAAUUCAGAAGAGGCAGAACUAAAUUAAAAUUUAUAAAAAAUAAAUGAAGAAUUUCAAAUUCUCAAAAAUGUUACCUAAAAUUUAGAUAAAAUACAAAAAGAAUAUUUAAAAUUAUGUAAAUAAGUCGAUCAGUUAAAAGAAGAACAGAAAGUAAUUUUGAAAUCGAAGAUUUUAGAUGAAGAAUUAAAGUAACUAUAUAGUGAAAAUUACAAGCAACUUGAUGUUUCUACUCUGAAGAAAGAAGUUGAAAAAAAUUCAAAAUUCAUUUUCAAUUUAGAAUAAUCCAUUUAUACAAUUAAUUAUUUAGAAGUUUAGAAACAAAAUUAACAAAAUAAAAUCGAUAAUUUAAAUUAAUUGAUCUCAACAUAAGCUCUUCUAGAGAAUGAGGUUAAGAUAUAAAGAGAUGAAUUAUUAGAGCUAAAAUGCAAACAAAAGUAACAAGAGUUUUUGAACCUUGAAAUUUAGAAUAAUAAGAAAGCAAUACAACAACUCAAAUAAUAAGGUUAAUAAUUAACAGAUGUUCAAAAAUAAUUUGAGGAAUCUUAGAGAGAAAUUGAAAACCAUAGAUCGUAGUUAUCAUAAUUACGUAAUCUGGAAUUUGAAAUAAAAAACAAUAAAGAUUAAGUUAAAUAAAUGAAAAGUAAAAUCAAUUAAUUACCUGCAUUGUAGAAUGAAGCAGAUAAAUUAAAUAAGGAGAUAAUAUCAUUAGAAAGAGAUUAUAAAAAAUUAUAAGAGACUGAAGAAAAAAUAGGCAACCUGGUUGAAUAAAAACAGUAAUUAAAGGAACAAAACAAUCAAAAGUCCGAAGAAAUAAAAAUAUUAGAAUAAAAAUUAAAUUAGUUUUGA